GUUCGUGCUCGGAACUGUGCCGCUCACCACAGAAACCAAACUCCCCAGGUAAUUUGAUGGACCCUUGGACUUCUUCUAGCUUCCAACUGUUGUCAUCAACAUCUGGCCUUGUCCUCACUCCUCCUGUUGUCCUCUCCUCUGCUGUCUUUUGCAAAUAUUACUUGACUGUAAUUUUUGCAGCUUCUCACUUCUACAGUCUCUCCUUGACGUUUGUCCUUCCCCGCGCAUAAGCACUGUUGAGCUUAUCGCUUGCACUUUACAUCAUACCUUACCAUACCAUACUUUGAGGUUCGCGCUAGUCUGCUGCAGCCUACAUCCUCCUCCUCCUCCUCCUUCUCACGAACUCCUCAUACAAAAUCCUCUAUCCAUCACCAAGAUGCGCUUCUCCACAACUACCCUCCUUGCACUCCCGCUGCUUGCGGCUGCUGCGCAAACCGAUUCCCCUCUCGAGCAGGCCAAGGAACAAGCUCAAUACUGGUUCGAUAAGAUCUCCUCCUAUAUCCCAAACCCGAACAAGGUGCACACACCAUCAGCAGCAGCUGCUAAAGCUGGCGGCAAGACUCUGAAGGUCUUGACUCUCGGCGAUUGGGAGAGUACAUUGCGAUCCACCGUCAAGCCCGCAAGCACAAAGUCAGAAGAGACCUGGGUUCUGGUCACUGGCGGCAACAAGACAUGCUUCGGCCAAUGCGGUCAAGUUGAGACUGCUUUCAACGAGACUGCAGCUUUGUGGGCAGUCAACCCUACUGCUCCUCAUCUUGCUUACCUCAACUGCGAAGACCAGCCAGUUCUCUGCAAUUCCUGGGGUGCUGGACCUCCCUCUCUCUGGAUCUUUGACAUUGUUGCACCACCUGCCCCAGUCGAAUGCCGAGUUAAGACAUUGAACAUCAGCACCACAGCUGUCAAGACUUUUACCGAUCUGAACUCUCCCGAGGCUAAGCAAGAAGUGAAGAUCUAUGAUGGACUUUUCCACCCAUUCGACGGCGCCUUUGCCAAGUAUGGUGUUGCUGUUCCUAUCGGCUACAUUUUCUGGAUCUUCGCUGUCGUUCCUAGCUGGAUGUUCAUGAUCGGUAUUUCUUUCCUUAGCAGAACCAUGAUGUAAGUUUUGUGCUGACCUCGAAUACACUGCUUCGCAAUACUGAUACUUCUGCAGGAGCAAGAGAAUGGGACCUCAACCUGGUGGAAGACCUGCCGGCGCUCCCGCUGGAGGAGCACCACCCCCUACCGCUCGCGUUCGUUUAGGAGCCCCUCCCGGCGAUGCUCGUCCAUACUAAUUCUC